AUGUUUAGAGAACAACAGCGUGACGAAGAAAUUGGCAAGUUGGUGAGUGACCUUAAAGAUAAGAAGUUCCUGAUGAAUUGCAAAGACUUACGAGUGGCCGGCGGUAUCGUAAAAUACAGCGUAAGGGAAUCCCUUACCCAUCUACCCCGCCUUGAGUGGUCAGUAUUGGAGGGGUUGAUGAUUUGGGAGGGAAAAGACCUUAGAGAAAGUUUACGAGCUUUAUUGGUUGAUAAAUGA